AUGGCUGACCUAUCUUCCUACGACGAAAUCCUCAAUUCCCUAGAGGAAGACAGCUACUACGCCAUCAACAGCAGCGAUCUCUCUCCCUCGCUUCAAGCAUGGUCCAACAACACAGACAUCGAAGAGCUCGACCUCAGCAGCCUCAACCUCUCUUCCAGCUCAGACUCAUCCUCAUGGAUCGACCCUUUAGAAUCCGCAAUAACAGCCACCCGCAACGGCUCCUCGCCCGUCCUCAGCACCCUCUCGCAAUUCACCGCUCUCCUCGCUCAAACGGGAAUCCACGGCCCCCGCAUCCUAAAAGCCUUCAAUCUCUCCACAAGAGGUACUAAAAUCGGAGCAGGCGCCCAGUUCACCGUCUUCACCGACCCCAUCUACGAAGGCCAGGUCAUCAAGCGCGUCAAUGUCCCGCUCUCCAGUAAAGCCGAGCAGCGCUUUGCCGCGAGCAUGGACUACCGCCUGCAGCUGCGCACGCUGGGACUGGAGGUGCUUUCGCUGUGUAAUCCCGUGCUGCGCGCACACCCCAACAUUACCAGUCUGCUGGCGUGGGGAUUCGACUUCCCCUUUGCGGAUAUGGCGGUGCCGGUGCUGUUCAUGGAGGCUGCGAUGAUGCCUUUAUCCGAUUUUCUGGGCGCGGAGAAGCGCAGUGUCGAGGUCAGGUAUCAGCUCUCGCUCGAUGUCGCGAAUGGGCUGGAGGCGCUGCAUAAUCUGAGGAUUGUGCAUGGGGACGUGAAGCCGGAUAAUGUGCUUGUGUUUGCGGGCCCCAGUGAGCGGGUGCCCUUCCGGGCGAAGUUGAGUGAUUUUGGGGUCUGUGUUGAUUUGGAGGCGCCGGAUGCGAAGUUCACGUUGAGUGAUUACCGGGGCACGCAGGCGUGGUUGGCGCCAGAGGUGGUGAAUGAGGAUCUCGGGAGGUUCGGGGGUUUUUCCUCGGAGUUGAUGUUUAGGUUCGAUGCGUAUAGCUUUGGGCUGGUGCUGCUGUCUGUCUUUACGGGGAACGGCGAGGCCCCUGCUCUGGAUGAGGAUCCGGAGAAUGUUCCUGAUCAGGUUGUUGAAAUGCUUUAUGGUCAGGAGGACAUUCCAUCGAACACACGCACGGAGUUGCGGAAAGCGAUAGCAAAGCUCCUGUCGGAAGAUCCACGGAAACGGCCACUUCCCAGUCCAGGUUUGAUCAAGACUGACAGCCCUACAUACGCAGCUUGGCUCUCCUCCAUCCAAUUGACACCUACAAACACGCACGUCGGCAUCAUUGACCCAAUUUACAACAAAGGUCCCUUGUUCUGGUAUCGACUUGAUGAAACCGUUCAGACAGAGCUGGAAGAGCAAUACGCCCUGAUGAAAGAGGGAAACGCACCACCAUUCCCCGGUGACGUGUUCUUUGGGCUGGCACAGACGGUGACCGGCGCGAAGCCGUCAUAUCUCGACCGGUUGCUGACGUAUCUAACCGAGGCAGCCAGGGCGGGAUACUCGCCUGCAAGGGGGGUAUAUGCGCAGAUCAUGGAGGCGCAUGGCCAAAGGCCGGAGUUUGCGGAGGAUGUGUUGGAGGAGUGGAUGUUGCAGGCUGUUUCCGAGGGGUAUUUGUUUGCAAGUCCUAGUUACUCCAAGGAAAAGAUCGAGGAAGCACGUGAACGGUUUAGGGCCAAUGGAGGGUUCUGUUCGGAUCCAUUUCUCGCGAAGAAGGAUGUUGUCGAGGCUGCGAGAGACAGGAACAGAGCCCUGAGGUGGAAGACGGAGAAUGGAAGUAUUGUUGAUCGGAAAGGAAACACAAUGCUACACGCUGCGGCUGCAUUGGGAGCUAUUGAUGCCGUUCGAGCAUUACUAGACGACGGACAGCUGUCCGUCAAUGUGGAGAAUGAGAAGGGAGAAACGCCACUGUACAAGGCAUUCCAAGCUGGCCAUGCGAAAAUGGUUGAAUUAUUGCUCGACCGGGGGGCCGAUGCUUCGACUGUGACUCGGCAGGAAAAGGUGAGUCCGAUGCACUGGCUGUUUAUGAUUCCUGACUCUUCUAUCACUGGAAUCGCGAGAAGAAUGGUCGAGGGAGGAGUGAACAUCAACGCAACCAUUGAGCCUGUUGUAAAGGAGAACAGUGGUGGAUUCCCUGGGAAGAUCCAGAUCCUUCACUACGACAGUCCAUUUGAGCUUCCUCACGGUACACCUCUGCACUGGGCUUGUUUCGUCCGCAACAUGACAGCGGUCGAAGCCCUGAUUUCUUUGGGUGCCAAUGUAAACGCAAGCUAUCAUGCUUCGGAUGCAUCCACCACUCCUCUUUUCUUGACCGCGUACUUUGGUGAACCCUCUCUUGCCAGGUACCUGAUAUCCCACGGUGCGGAUGUCAGCCUGGUCGACUCCGUGGGGCGCAACACGCUGCACGGAAUCACCAAGUACUUUCCCGAGCGACAUGGCUAUCUUGCUCACCACUGGCACUACUGGAUCCGCCACGGCAGCUGGGAGCAACAUCUGACCAAAAUGACGGAGUUGGUCAAGAUACUCGUGGGCGCAGGAGCAGAUCUCAACGCCAAAGACAAGGGAUAUCCACCGCUGACACCCGUCGCGGCGGCUGCCGAUCUAGGAGUCUGGGACGGAGGGGUAAUUUGUGCGCUGUUAGACGCAGGGGCAGACUUGAGAGAAUCCGUCCUGUCAGCUGGAGAUACGGUUCUACAUUCGUGGGCAUCCAUAGUUGGACCCCGUCUAGCUUAUCCCGAUUCCUACCUGUCGACGAUGAAGAAAAUCGUCAACGCCACGCCAGAUAUUGACAUCCCAAACAUGUUUGAAAAGGAUACUCCACUAGAUUCGUUAGCCACCAUCUACCACCCCGAAGAGGAAUUUGAAGCCGCGUGCGAGAUUUUCCUCGCCCACUCCCCUCCAGCAGAUAUCAAUGCAAAGACCCGUCGCGGAGCGACUCCGUUGACCAUCGCCCUCGAGACAGAUCUCGACCCGGCACGACGAGGCCUCUUCCUCCUGAACAAGGGAGCCGACACGCUUGUUCUCAACGGCCGGGGAAGGGACAUCUUCUUCUCGAUCGUCAACAACACCGCACUUACCGACCAGGCCUCGCACGACCUGAUCCGCACAUUCCUCCAUCAUCUCAACCCUGACAUCCAGCAAGCCUAUACAAAACAUUAUCUCCCGAAUGCCAACAGCUACCAUACCCUUUUCGCCGCUGCAGAACGCGGGAAACCGCGCUCGCUAACACUUCUCCUCUCCCUGGGCCUAUCCACUCGCAUCAACGACCGCGAGGAGAGUAAACGCCCACCAUGGACAGUCCUAGAUCAAGCCCUCCACUGGGCAGAAAUCAGCCGCCGCGCACACAUGCGCCGACUGGCGGACCACAAGCCCGGCGCUAGUCGGAACCAAGCUCUUGAGCAGAACAUCGUGUAUGAUGAAGCGCAGGGCCCGCCCGCUCGAGCUGCGGAGGCCUACCGGAGUUUUCCUGCAGUGAUACGCAUCCUGAGAGAUGCGGGAGGGAAGCGAGCGUGCGAAUUGGAUGGUAGCUCGACUGCCAGUGGGGAGUAUAUUGAGCAGCCGUGGGAGUGGGAUUUUACGGAAAUAUACAGGUAUGGAUUUACGCCGAGAACGCAGCCGAACUUGGAACAGUGGAAUGGGCUGUACGAGAUGGCGAGAUAUUCGGAGCAGUGGCGAAAGAGUAGGCUGAAUGCUAGGAAGGAGGAGUACGAAGAGGCAAGGUGGAGGCCGGACGUGAGAAUGCUGGAGGAGGAGGAGCAAUCAUUUGUGAAGGAGUUAGUCUGUUGUCUGGCGGGAGAGGGGAGGGUGACGCUGGAGGCUGUAGAUGGCCAGAAAAAGCAAUGGCAGGUUGAGAUGGAAGGGGGAAAGAUUGUGAAUCGACAGGUGAAGAGAUGA